AUGUCAACCAAAUUCCAAUCCAGAGCCGAUUUUCAUCAGAGUCUUGUCGACUACAACCUAACUACUACUGAUGGUUGGGAUGUAAUUGUCAGUUACUCAGAGGCCAAGUUAAAUACCUUGUUGAAAAAGUAUUGGUCUCAGAAAUUCGAACCGGCUCAGGUCUCUUUCCAACAUACCACCGGGACAGAUAAGAAUUAUUUCAUAUAUAUGUAUGCUCUUACUCUCGAAGCCCCUACCUUAUCGUUCAAGUCGAUCGCUACUACCCAUGGCAACAUUGCUGUCUCCGCCCUUUCAUGGAAGGUCACGGGCACUAUGCAUACUGUGGUUUACGUCAACGGCAAAGAGAUGGGCUCCGAUGAUGAGGACGUGGGUAAAGAUCAAGAUGUGUACUUGGAGGUGGUGACACCGGUGUCUGCCAUGGAUGGAGAGUCGACAGAUACCAGCACUGCAAAGUCCAGCGAUUCAACCUUCCAGUUCAGCGACAAUACCGAGUCCAGCUACAAGGUCAUCCUCCAUUUCCAGAACGCCCAGGACUCAGACUGGUCCGUCACAACGCCUAAUUCUAGUGACCCGCUCAACGAAAGUCUCACGGAAAUGGUGCAGGCGUUGAUGAACAACGAGGAGUUCAAGUCAUUCACUUUUACCCUUGGCACUGUCAAGAACACGAAAGAUCAGUCUUCGGACUUUUUGCAGCCACGGGAAUUCAGAUUCAAUGCGACCGAAGGCAUUCUGAGCAUAUUCAUCCAAGUGAAAGGCGGCAGUGGCAAAGGAACGGCCGAAGCACCGCAGUUCCAGCUGACACACGAUAGCGGAAUCGCGGCCAUUCCCGAGGGCUACGAAGCGAGUAUUAUUCUCUCUCAGACACUCAUCCGCGAUGACUAUCUCGUGAAACAGAUCGCCGAAAGUUUGAAGGAUACAUUGCGAAGUAGCGGCGGUGUGACUGCCAGCCAAGCGUCCGCUAAUCCAACUUUCCACCUGAAGUUCAAAUCCGACAAAGUCUGGGAAGGCGAAGCGAUGAAUCACGGCGGCCCACCUAUUGUUGGUGAAGGAGAAAUCACUGUAGACUGGGACAAAUACCCUUUGAUCCUGACCAUCUCCGACGAUGGAGAGCCGCUGACAUCUCAUUACAAAUGGGUUUGGAACGAAGUACCGGUGACGCUGUCCUACACCACCAUGGAUCCAAUCCAUGGGGCUACAAGUGAUCAUGUGUACGAUAUCGAUGGGACUAUUAAGGCCAACUCGACCCCUGUCGCGACUAUUUCAGGAGAUAAGUUGGAAUUCAACAUCCAAUUCACCUCUGCUAAUCAACCAGAUGCGUCCUUCUCCAACGUCGGCCCUGCAGACCUGACCGGAUCGGUGACAUUCCCGGAGUUUGACCUCAAACUGCCUGACCUCGACUUCUUCCAAACGCAGAAUGUGCUGGCUCCCGGCGAGGAUUUCAUCAAAGCAGAAGACACUAUGUGUCCUUGCGACUUGUUUGUUCUGGGAUCUAUGUACAGCUGA